AUGUGCCAAGUGGGCCACCACGAUCCCGGCAGCCACCAGAGGGUCCUCAUGAAAACGGGCCUCAUCCUCCUCAUCAUCGGGCACCUCAACUUCAUCACGGGAGCCCUCGUCCACGGCAUCGUGCUGUGCUUCGUGGUCAGCCUGCGGGACGCCGUGUCCCUGCAGUACGCCGUCUCGAACACCGCCUCGGCCAUCGCUGCCCUGCUGACGAUCUCCUGUGGCUUAUCUGCCCUCAUGCUGUCCCGUUACUUCGCCCCUGCAGCCCUCGUAAGCAGCCCUGACCCUGCAGCCCCUACAAGGCUCCAUCCCACAGCCCCUCGCUUGGGGACCACCCCAGGCGGGUGGCCGUGCAUGGCCCCAUCUCGGCUCUCCCUCGUCUCUCCCCUCCCGCAGAAAUGGGCGGUUUUGGCCCUGAGUGCCAGCAGCAGCCUGGGCUCGCUGUCCUGCCUGCCAGGGCUGGCGGUCGCCAUCGGGCUGACGCUGGGCAGCCGGGGCCGGGUGCUGCUGGCACCCUGCGCCCUCACCGACGCUGCCCUCGCCCCGCUUGCCCGGCAGUGCCCCUUCGAUCCCACCCGCGUCUACAGCUCCACGCUGUCCCUCUGGUUCAUCUCCCUCAUGCUGGGCUCGCUGGGGGUCGUCUUCAGCAUCCGCUGCCUCCUGCUCGCCGUCGAGCUCCUCCACCUCAGCUGCUGCUGCCACAGGGUGCGCCGGCAGAAGGUGAAUCCCCUCUAA